ACCAAAAACCAGAAGAAGUCACGUGUGAGUGCGAACCAUUUGGCGGAAGAGGUGUUCGGUGCGGUCCCUCACUCCUUCGUGUUUCACCGUGGCCAAGUCGGCAAGAAUGUCGGUCAGCUAGUUGAGGACAUGCGGCGGGUCAUGGAGCCCUUCACAGAAUCCCUUAAGGUGAGAAAGAAGAAUGUGCUGAAGGACUUUGUGGCUGUAGCAGGGCCACUGGGAGUGACACACUUCAUGAUCUUCACCAAGACGCCCAGCAGUGUCAACAUGAGGCUUGCUCGGCUGCCGAAAGGCCCUAUGCUCCAUUUCCGGGUGACCAAAUACUCCCUUAUUAAAGAUGUGGUCUCGUCACUGAAGAGGCACAGAAUGCAUGAACAGCAGUUCACACAUCAUGCACUGCUGGUCCUCAAUAACUUUGGCUCGGAGGGCAUGCAUGUCAAACUUAUGGCCACCAUGUUCCAAAACAUGUUCCCUUCCAUCAAUGUGCACAAGGUAGCCCUCAACGCCAUAAAGAGAUCUGCUGAUGAAAUUGGCCCACGCAUCACCAUGCAGCUGGUGAAGAUCGAGGAGGGAAUGGGAGAGGGGAACAUUCUCUACCAUGCAGUCAUCGCCAAGACUGAGGAAGAGCUUCAGGAGAUCCUGAUCCGAAAAGAGGCGCAGAUGAAKGAAAAGCAGGAACGGAAGAAAAAACAAGAGCAGGAUGUUGCCCAAAGGAAAGCGCUACGGGAGGAGAACAAAAAAAGAAGCAUGGCAGGCAUCAAGAGGAGGCACCAGGAGGAGGAAGASCAUGACCCUGAAGUGGAGGAUCCUGGGAWCCAGGAUAACAGGCCUCCGGUUGUUGAAUCUGACGACGAGGCAGAGUACUACAGACAGGCUGUAGGGGAGGAYCCAGARGAAGGUAUGUACUCUUUCAYUACUGAACCAAGURUCUYUAGUUUGUGUUUUGUUGUACUAUAUGUUUGUGCUACUUUGGCAGACAAAAUCACCUAUAUUUAUUUUUCUCCCUCCCCCAUCUAGAUAUGUUCCCUGCAGCCAAGAGGAGGCAAAGACCUGAAAGGCCCUCAGGAGGACCCUUCAAGAAGAGGAAACCGUUCUCUGGCGACGACAGGAAGAACAAAUAUGGUUCCAAGUCACCUCCACCUCCUUCAAACAGAGGAAGGGGAAGAGCUGAGCUUCAUAACCCUUUGAAAGCCUGGACUGAUGCACGCUGAGCGCUCUACCCUGGUAAAACACCAGGUGGCAGUAUGGACUCUUGUGGACACUGCAGUUUCUGAUCAACAUGAACAGAGGAACGUAUUCCUUCAUGAAAGGACAUUGGUAUUGCCACAAGUCAGCUGGAGGACUGGAUGAAAAUGCAAUGAUGUAAUUUUGUACCUUGUGAACAUGUUUAUACAUUUUUUUUUAAAGCAUUGGCAAAAGUUAAAUUGCUGAAUACAGGGAAAGAAAUUUGGGAUGGGGCAAAUCUUUUGGAAAGAUGUCACUGGGGGCAAGAGUUGGAGGAAAGAAAUCUGGGAUGGGGCAAACGUUUUGGAGGGACAGGAAUGUAUUCUUUCAUGAAAGGAAUUGGUAUCACCACAAGUCAGCUGGAGGACUGGAUGAAAAUGCAAUGAUGUAAUUUUGUACCUUGUGAACAUGUUUAUAAAAAUGUUAUAAGCAUUGGCAAAUACAUUUUUGGAUACAAUGUUAAGCUCAA